UGUGUUGUUGAGGCUGAGGAUUGACUUGGGUUCUGAGAGACUCCUGUCCCGGACCGCAGUGUUAAAAAAAAAAAAACUGAAAACUUUCUGAAACUUCCUGCAGUGAGAGAGCAGAACUUUUGAAGGGGUUUUUCCACACACAAAAAUCUUUUUAAAAAUAAUGAGAAGAAUGGCAGCAGAGACCCAGACACUAAACUUUGGGCCUGAAUGGCUCCGUGCUCUGUCCAGUGGUGGGAGUAUCACUUCCCCUCCUCUUUCUCCGGCCCUGCCAAAGUAUAAAUUAGCAGAUUAUCAUUAUGGCAGAGAAGAAAUGUUAGCACUUUUCCUUAAAGACUACAAGAUACUUUUUGACCUUCUGGAGAAAGAAUUCCUGCCUAUCCUACAGGAGGAGCCCCUGCCACCAUUGGCUCUAGUACCCUUUACAGAAGAAGAACAGAGAAACUUUUCCAUGUCUUUAAAUAGUGCUGCUGUCCUGCGAUUGACAGGACGAGGAGGAGGAGGAGGAGGAGGAGGAGGAGGAGGAGGAGGAGGAGGAGGAGGAGGAGGAGGAGGAACACUGGUGGGGGCUCCUAGAGGUCGAAGUUCUUCAAGAGGGCGAGGCAGAGGUAGAGGUGAAUGUGGUUUCUACCAAAGAAGCUUUGAUGAAGUAGAGGGUGUGUUUGGACGAGGAGGUGGCAGGGAAAUGCAUAGAUCACAGAGCUGGGAAGAAAGGGGUGACAGGCUUGAAAAACCAGGAAGAAAAGAUGUAGGGAGACGAAAUUUUGAGGAAAGUGGACCAACAUCUAUGGGCAGAAAGCAUGAAUUUAUACGGUCAGAAAGUGAAAACUGGCGAAUCUUUAGAGAGGAACAAAAUGGAGAAGAUGAAGAUGGAGGUUGGCGGUUAGCUGGGUCAAGAAGGGAUGGAGAGAGGUGGCGGCCUCACAGCCCUGAUGGCCCUCGUUCUACAGGCUGGAGGGGACACAUGGAACGUCGCCAGAGGUUUGAGUUUGAUUUUCGAGAUCGAGAUGAUGAGCGAGGUUACCGAAGAGUGCGCUCUGGCAGUGGGAGCAUAGAUGAUGACAGGGAUAGCUUGCCGGAAUGGUGUUUAGAGGACGCUGAAGAAGAAAUGGGCACAUUUGACUCCUCUGGAGCAUUCCUCUCUCUAAAAAACGUGCAGAAAGAACCUAUUCCUGAAGAGCAGGAAACGGACGUCAGGCCUGUGGAGGAGGGAGAAGAGCGCUCUGACUCUGACAGCAGCCAUAAUGAAGAGGCCAAAGAACCUGAUAAGGCAAACCGGAAAGAGGGAGAAAAAACAGACAAAGCAGGAGCUGAAGCUAACGAGGAAGCACCUCAACCAUCAUUAUCAUCGGCUAGACCAGGUACCCCAUCAGAUCAUCAGCCUCAAGAAGCACCACAGGUGAAGAGGAAAGAUGAACCCAAAGCUGAACAAAUGGAAAAACCUGACGAAGAGAGUAGGACAGAAACUAGUCUCCCAGUUAAGGUGCCCAGCAGAGGGAAUGAAACAGUGCCUGCCUCCCAGCAACCCUCAACACAGCUUCCUCCAGAUACAGCCUCUCCUCUCGUCAUUCUUCCACCUCCUGUUCCCACUCCUGCUUCUGCCUCACGGCCAGUUGAGACAGCAGCCAUUGAGGCUCCUGGUAUGGGCAGUGUUUCCACAGAGCCAGAUGAUGAAGAGGGCCUCAAACACUAGGAACAGCAAGCUGAGAAGAUGGUGGCUUAUCUCCAAGACAGUGCACUAGAUGAUGAAAGAUUGACAUCAAAACUGCAAGAGCACAGAGCUAAACGAGUGUCGAUUCCACGGACGUACGAAGCAAUGCAAAAGUGGUAUUACAAAGACCCUCAGGGGGAAAUCCAAGGUCCCUUUAACAAUCAGGAGAUGGCCAAAUGGUUUCAGGCGGGCUAUUUUACAGUGUCUUUGCUUGUGAAGAGAGCAUGUGAUGAAAGCUUCCAGCCUCUUUGUGAUAUCAUGAAAAUGUGGGGAAGGGUUCCUUUCUCUCCAGGCCCAGCUCCUCCUCCUCAUAUGGGAGAAUUGGACCAGGAACGCCUGACCAGACAGCAGGAACUCACUGCCUUAUACCAAAUGCAACACCUCCAGUACCAGCAGUUCUUAAUACAGCAACAGUAUGCACAGGUUUUGGCUCAACAGCAGAAAGCAGCUUUAUCAUCCCAACAGCAACAGCAGUUGACCGUUCUUCUCCAGCAGUUCCAAGCUCUGAAGACGAGAAUAUCUGAUCAGAACAUCAUUCCCUCAGUAACUAGGUCUGUGUCAGUGCCAUAUACUGGCUCUAUCUGGGAGCUUCAGCCAGCAGCCUCACAGCCCACAGUUUGGGAAGGUGGUAGUGUAUGGGAUCUUCCCUUGGACACCACGACACCAGGCCCUUCCCUGGAACAGCUUCAGCAACUAGAGAAGGCCAAAGCUGCAAAGCUAGAGCAGGAGAGAAGAGAGGCAGAAAUGAGGGCAAAAAGGGAAGAGGAGGAGCGAAAGGGGCAAGAAGAACUCCGUAGACAACAGGAGGAAAUUCUCCGGAGGCAGCAGGAGGAAGAAAGGAAAAGACGAGAAGAAGAGGAGCUGGCUAGAAGGAAGCAGAAGGAGGCUCUGUGGCGCCAGCGGGAGCAAGAGAUUGCACUAAGGCGGCAGCAGGAAGAAGCACUUAGAAGGCUGGAGGAGAGGAGGAGAGAUGAAGAAAGAAGGAAGCAGGAAGAACUGCUACGCAAGCAGGAAGAGGAGGCUGCCAAAUGGGCCCGAGAAGAGGAGGAAGCACAGCGCCGACUGGAGGAGAACCGCCUGCGCAUGGAAGAGGAAGCAGCCAGACUUAGGCAUGAGGAAGAGGAACGAAAACCGAAGGAGCUGGAGCUGCAGCGGCAGAAGCUGAUGCGCCAGAGGCAACAGCAGCAAGAAGCCCUUCGAAGGCUGCAGCAACAGCAGCAGCAGCAGCAGCGUGCACAGAUGAAGCUUCCCUCUUCUUCAACAUGGGGUCAGCGGUCUAACACAACACCAUGUCAGUCCCAAGCCACACUGUCAUUGGCUGAAAUCCAGAAGCUGGAAGAAGAACGAGAACGACAAGAGCAAAGGCGUCAGCAGAGGGAAUUGAUGAAGGCUCUCCAGCAGCAGCAGCAACAGCAGCAGCAACAGCAGAAACUUUCAGGUUGGGGGAAUGUCAGCAAACCUGCAGGUACCACCAAGUCUCUUCUGGAGAUCCAGCAGGAAGAGGCCAGGCAGAUGCAGCAGCAGCAGCACCAGCAACAACAGAACAGAGCCCGGAACAGCACACAUUCCAACCUGCACACCAGCAUUGGGAAUUCUGUAUGGGGCUCUAUAAACACGGGUCCUCCUAACCAGUGGGCAUCUGAUCUAGUCAGUAGUAUCUGGAGUAAUGCAGACACUAAAAUCUCCAACAUGGGAUUUUGGGAUGAUGCAGUCAAAGAGGUGGGACCUAGAAAUUCAACAAAUAAAAAUAAAAACAAUGCCAGUCUCAGUAAAUCUGUAGGUGUGUCUAACUGGCAGAAUAAGAAAGUAGAAGAAGAAGAAGAAAAGUUGCCGAAGCUCUUUCAGCGAGUAAAUAAAGCCCAAGAUGGAUUUACCCAGUGGAGUGAACAGAUGCUUCAUGCCCUUAAUACGGCAAAUAACUUGGAUGUUCCCACAUUUGUUUCUUUCUUGAAAGAAGUUGAAUCUCCUUAUGAAGUCCACGACUAUAUCAGGGCCUAUUUAGGAGAUACUUCUGAGGCCAAGGAGUUUGCCAAGCAGUUCCUUGAGCGCCGUGCCAAACAGAAAGCCAACCAACAGCGUCAGCAGCAACAGCAGCAGCAGCAACAGCAGCAGCAGCAACAGCAGCAGCAACAGCAGCAGCAGCAACAGCAGCAGCAGCAACAGCAGCAGGACUCUGUUUGGGGCAUGAACCAUAGUACACUCCAUUCGGUAUUUCAGACCAAUCAAAGCAACAACCAACAAUCCAGUUUUGAGGCUAUGCAAAGUGGCAAGAAGAAGAAAAAACAGAAGAUGGUUCGAGCAGAUCCUAGUUUAUUAGGGUUUUCAGUCAAUGCGUCAUCAGAGCGACUCAACAAGGGUGAGAUUGAGACUCUAGAUGACUGCUGAGUACCUGCCGCUAUGCCAGCCCUCCCUCCUGCCUAGUGACCAUGGAUUUUCCUCGUUGGACACCACAUGCAUCCACCAUUUGCUCUCUGUCACUCUGCAACAAAUCACAGAACCAAUCAUCUCAGGCUUUUUUUUUUUUCUAACCCCGUGUCCAAGAUUAUUUUAAGUCACUGUUGGUGAGCAUCUCAGACUGUAUCUGAGUGGACCAGACCCUUUGUCUUGGGGGUGGCAGUUGGGAUUGCUCCCCAGCAGGGCAGAUAUUGGCAGCACAGCACACAUUCACUGUGCAUCGGUUUCAUCUGCUGUCUCCUGGAAGUGUGUUGGAAUCUGCCAAUAGCAGGUUACUUUCUCUUGACACUUUUCUUUUGUUGUUUUGUUCUUUCUCCCCCACCUCUCUACC